GUCUCGCAUUCAGUGCUGCUGCCUGCGACGCGCUGAGUGCGGAGCGAGGAGACGCGCUGCAUACCAACAGAGACAUACGGAGAAGGCUAAUUUUUGGCCAGGACGCACACAGACCCCAUCCCGCUCUGUGCCAAAAACAAAUUUAUAUCUGGUCAUUGGACAGUUUACAUUUUAACCUUUCUUCUCAUGCGUUUUCUGAAAUAUUUUUCUGUCCUUCAGUGAACUAAAAAGCCAAUCAAGUGUCUGGGAUAUUUGUUCUUUCUGCUGUAAUUUUUUUUCUGGUUGAGAGAUUUUGCUCCGAAGAAGAUAAACAGCCCUACCCACCCCUCUCUCUCCAACGGGAGUCACCAAAAGGAAAAGUCAAGACUGAUGUUUUCAUCCACUCACAUGUAGAAGCGUUUGGACUAUUACUGUUGACACUCGUUCACUGGGUCGUUGUUUUAAAAAAAAAAAAAAAUAUAUAUAUAUAUAUAUUUAAUCAGAUUUCCUGCAACUGCACCCUAAGGGAGGAAUACCGAGACAUUUGGCUGCAAAAAAGGAAAAAAAAAAACAAGCAUAAAAUCAAUCAGAACUCCAUCAUGGGCUGCCCCCUCUUGCGGAACGUGUUUGCUGCUCUGAUUCUGGUUCUGCUGUCUAAAGGGUCCAGCGUGCACGGAGCAGAAUUCGGGCACCUGCCGGACAACAUUACAGUGCUGGAAGGCGAAAGCGUUACUUUGAGAUGCCGUAUUGACGAGGAGGUGACCCACAAGGCCUGGCUGAACCGCUCUAAUAUCCUUUUCACGGGGACAGAUAAGUGGUCGCUGGAUAGGCGUGUGACGCUGGUCAAUAGCAACAACAGCGACUUCUCCAUUCAUAUUGACAAGGUGCAAGUAACCGACGAGGGGCCCUACACCUGCACCUUCCAGGCCAAUAACAAGCCGCGCAUCGUCCACGUCUACCUCAUUGUUCAAGUGCCAGCCAGAAUCGUCAACAUGUCAAAAAAUGUGUCAGUGAACGAGGGAGAGAACGUAAACCUCUAUUGUCUGGCAGUCGGCCGGCCUGAGCCCACUGUCACCUGGAAAGAACAGAAAUAUGGGACGUUGCGUGAGGGGGAGUUCCUGGAGAUCACAGAGAUCACAAGGCAGCAGGCGCAGGACUACGAAUGUAUCACCAACAAUGGUGUGGCCCCUCCGGACCAGCGUAAGGUCAUAGUCACAGUCAACUACCCUCCCAUGAUCACAGACAUGAAAAACAUGCCAGCCCAUUUGGGGAAGACAGCCAUCUUGCGCUGUGAAGCCAUGGCAGUCCCGCCAGCCUCCUUUGAGUGGUACAGGGAUGAUCAUAGGCCGGUAGAGAGUGACAACACCCUAAGGAUCAAAAACGAGAAGACACGCUCGCUGUUGCUAUUCACCAAUGUGACAGAGAAACAUUUUGGCAACUACACCUGCUUUGCCUCAAACCGUCUGGGGGCUUCCAACGCCAGUAUGCUGCUGUUUAGACCGGGGGCCCUACAGGGGCGAGGGACCGGUUUACACGCAGGGAUGAGUGUCAUCGUGUGCGUUUGGGUUUCCCUCUCUGCUGCUCUUCUGCUGAAGGUGUAAUGAUCAAACUCCACCUGGAAUCGUCCUUAAACGUCCCUGAGCACCCCACCUCUCCCUCCCCGCCCUCUCUCCCACUCAACGGAAGGAAAACGGAAAUGAAAUUCUUUAAUUGCGAACCCAUCACUGUGAACAAAAAGAAUAUGCAUUAUUCCAGGAGCCAUUGAAUCAUUGCAUCAAACACAAAACUCCCCCAUCACCUCACCCCACCCGCCCAAUCCCCCCACCCCUACCCAGCACCCUCAAUUGAAUUUUGAGGUCAGCUCACACUCAUUAUCUCUUUCUCUCACUCUUUCUCCCUCACACACGUACAGUCUUUCCUUUUGUUUCCCAGAAUGCCUUGCAGAUUUCUCUGACUUGGUACUUAGCCUCUUUGUUUUUCCCAUUACUACCACUGGGCUGAUGUUAAUAGAGAGUGUAUAUUAAAGAUAAUUGUGUUAGUGAUCAACGACAAAAUAGAUUAUCUAACAAGCGGAAGAUCAUUUAUGUAAUAUAAUACAUAGACUAUUGACUGACCUACAAUGUUUGCCUUAUGGAAAUUAUACGUGAAAUCACAAUGUUACGGUGGAUAUUUAAUGAAAUGAUAUGACGAUAAUGAUGCAUUAUGAUAUGGCACUGGCGGUCAUGUGACCUUUUUAAAAAUUGUCCAGUUGGUGGCCGUGUGAAUUGUCACCCUUUGAUCUCACACCUUACACACACACAUACGCGUAUGGUUUUUUGAUUUUAACUGUGUAGCAGAUAAACUGCUAUGAAUGAUGUCAAAAUGUAUUUUAAAAAAUGGCUGGGUGGUGAUGGCGUCAGUCUUAACUACCCCUCUAUGUAAUUUGGGGAGUUUAUAUUAAGGUUUCGCAUGUAGACUCCCUCACUACCCAAACCUUUUUAGCUCCCCGACUACCCCUCUGUUCAGCGUGCUCUGUCUAGUCCCCCCUCGCAUCGCUAUAGUGUUCUCUGCUCUAUGUCUCCUCCUCCCUCCCUCCCUCCCUACGCUUCCCACCCAGUGUAAAUAUAUGCAGUACAGAGGCCAUGCUGGUGACUUCAAGUUGCCUCGGGAAGAACAACAUCUCCCAUAAGCCUCAACUACGCUCCAGUGUUCUGAAGCAGCAAGAGACUGUCCACUGACAACAAUAUCUUCUGUUUCAAAAGCUGAGGCUCCAUCCUCUUUGUCGCUUGUUGAUAGCAUGUACCGGUUAGAGAUGUUCCUGUUGUGAGUCCAUACUCCCUCUACACUCCCUUCCUUCCCUCCCUCCUCCCACUUCCUCUCCCUCCUUCCCUGCACUGUGUCUGUUUUUCUCUGCAAGGUUACCUGCUUUUACUUUUUUGGUGUUAAUAAUACUACAGAUGAUGACGAUGAUGAUGUUAAUAAGUAUUUGAAUAACUAUGAAUAGUAAUUCCAUGUGAGAAAAAAAAAUGAACAAAAUCCAAUGGUAAAGAGUCGUGCGUGGGGAAAAAGAGUUCUUUUGUACUUUACUCACACACAUUGAACAAGUACAACGAAAAAACAAAACUACAAAAAAAAGGUGUAAAGUUUUCAAAGUGACGUGCUCUAUUUUACCAUGACAAGCUUUUUAAAAACACAUUUGAAGCGCUCUGAGGGAUCAUUUCGACCAGCUCCAGAAGCUGUGAAUGAUAAUGUAAUUUAUAAUUUGUAAUAGUUUAUGUAUUUGACUCUUUUUGUCAUGCUGUUAGCUGCAUCACACACACAUUCGUCCACUUAUCAUAGUGUGUCUUUCUCUGUUUUGACCAGCUAGAUAAAUGUCAUUCUCUGGUCAUGGCUGUAAGUCAUUCCUAGUUCUGCCAGACCGCACUGAGAUAAAGAUGUAAUUAGCCAUUACCUGUGGCUGGCUAAGUGAAGGAGUCCGGGCUCCACCUGUCCUUCCUGCCACCUAGUUAUGGCCCCUAUAAAUCAAGCUCAGCCCUGCAACUGACAGGAAUCCUCUUCAAGGACAACCUCACCUUGGUGCACCAGUACUCCAUCCACUGUGUACCUGUGACAUGCAGGCACGGGCACUACCAAACCCCCAUGGCACAAUUAUCCAGCCACUUCCCCCACACGGCACAAACAGUGGGAGGAAGGCAUAUAUUUCAAUAUGGCAGAGCCCUUUUCUCUCCUAAAGCACUGUUCCACUCACAUGCAGAGACUAUAUGCAAAUUUGCCAUAACGAGCCUGAACAUCUCCCCGGCUGAGCCCUGACUACACCGACAUGAAAGAGGAAUUACUCAAUAUUGAAUCAAAUGUCUGAAUGUGUGUGUUUUUUUUCUUUUAUUUAUUUGUUAUUUUACUCAAAUUUUUGGUUCAAGCCAGCAAUAACCCCUAAUUCUACUGUGCAAGAGAUGUCAGUCAUGGUUAAAGCUGUGGUGUAAUAUCUGAAAAUCUGCCAUUAACAAGGUAAAUCAAAUAAGUCUGUUGUUGUACUUUUAUUGUGUACAGUACUCUGAAAUGAUUGUGAAGCUCUGUUUAAAUGGCCCUUAAUCUAAAACAUUACAGUACAUGUUGUUCUCAAAAAGUCUUGCCCGCUGCAAUGUAUUUGGGUCGUCUGCGUGACAAAACGCCUGUUGUGCAUGCAUCCUGUUGCUUCAUAAACAACGACGGGUUCCAUUUCAAGCACAAGAGCAGGUCAUUUGGUCAGUGUUUCUUAUUUUUUCCUGUCUCCUGUCAAUAUCUACAUGUCUCUUAUGCUUUUGUUUUUAGUUUUAUCACUUACCGUUUUUGUUCCAUGUAAGCGUCCCGCUGGAUUUUUCAGUGGCGUAUAACAUCUCUAUGUACAUAAUCUGUCCUUGAUGAAGAAAAAAGAAAAACAUUUAAAAAAAAACAAAGAAACAGAAGAAAAAAAAAGUGGACAAAAAAUAACAUACUGUCAUGUUUCUCAGUGUGGGUUUGAAAAAGCACGUCAAUAUUUGUGUGUGGAUGGAUUUUGAAAAAAAAAAAAAGAAAAAGAAAAACAAGCAAAUACUCUGUUUUGUUGAGGUCUGUGGGUAAAGGGUAAACGGAGGGGAAAUCGGGGAAUAUCACCUGCCGUGGAGUGGGUUAAACUGAAUGUGAGAAUGUGUAUAAAAACAAUCUGCAAAAGCACACAAUUUCAUGCAUCAUGAUGUAUGUGCGGUGCUGUGCAAAAGUUUUAAGUGUUUUAUUGAUCAUACAAAUUUUAGUUAUUAGAAAUGACUAAAAAAACAGUGAAUAUUUAACGAGACCGCUGUGUGCUUUUAAGACCCACCAGUUCCUAUACCAGUUCACACUUUUUGCAGUGUUCUUAACAUCAAAUGAACUGUGGCCUGUGUGUCUGCUGUCAUUUUGUGUAACCUCAUUUAAAUGUGCAAUCGGCGGGAGUCACAGCUUUUCUUACGGGAUUUUCUCUGACUCUGGCUGCAUCUGAAGCCAUCCUGAUGGUAUGUGAUGGAUAACAAUCAGAACAUCUAAAGUACAUCUGUUAAAACCUUUGCACAGUACUGUAAACAAGUCACACUUGUAGUGUGACAGAAGGAGAGGGUGUUAGUAAGAACACAGCAGAUCCCCUGGGUGCAACAAUCUGAGGGUGGAUGAGGAGGCUGUUGGGAGAGCACCCGGUCACAUGGACCAGUGGGAGGAUAGCCUGACAAUGUAAAUCCAAAAGCUGAGAGCCAGAGGGAGAUGGGAUGACACUAACCAGACAGUGAGCUCUCCAUUUAGGGAAAGAAGACAGACAGGCGCUCAUAUUGCAUUUCCAAAUAUGAGAGCUGUGGUCUUUCCCAGGGGAAGGUGUACCACACUAUUUAUGGUUGCACUGUGUAAUAUGAAUAGAAUUAACAUAGCCUUCAUCACAAACACAGCCUGGCCUACUUCAAGUGGAUAAAUAACACCCAACUGGGGUUCAAUGAGUUUACAGUGAUAUAAACAAGACGUUUCCUGAGCCCCUAAUUACAUUCGCCGCACCCUGAUGAGAAAGUGUUGAUUGGCUCCUGUAGCUGAAGGUUGUGAUGAUCUGUUUACAGAAUCUUUUUUUUUUAUUUAAUGCGGCGCCAUCAAACUGUUCUCACAAACCUGAUCUCACAGAGCUAGCAUCUAGUGCCAUUUUACAGUAUAUUAUAUAGUAGUAUCUUAUCUGAUGGAUUAUAUUUGUAGUUGUGUUAUUUUUUUCAUCAUUUUUUCAGCUUAUUUUUUACAGAGUUAUAAAUUUGUUUUAAGAGCAGGGGAUUUUAAAAUGACUUUGAAGUACAUUUCAAAGCGCUGUGCUGUUUGCUAAAAGGAAUCAGGUAAUUAAGCACCAAGCUGGGGUGUAAGGACAGAUACUGCACAUCACUCCUGAAACGUUGCAGUGAAAUAUUAAAAUCAUAAUUGUACUUCAAGACUGAAUAGUGAAAUAAAUGUGAGCCUAAAUAAGGUGUGCAGGUACCUCUUUCUUUGUUUCAGCUGCAGCCUUUCUGCAAACACCCUCGCUACAUAGCACAGAUCCCGGACAGACUUUCAAUUCAGAACGCAAUGGUUAAUCAAUACAUUCGACUGAAUGGCUUUGGAAUAGAGCAAUUUCUCCCUGGCUUGCCUUACCAGGUCCCCCGAAAGCUGGAUUGAUCAAGUGUCUAUAGACCAGCCUUAGAACAGAGAGCAUAAUUUAUCAUGCCUGAUACAAGACACCCCUAAUUGCACAUUGAUUUUAAGCCCUUCUCUGAAACUAUUUGCGCAAGUUGUAAUGUCAGCUCAGUAAACUAUGUGUUCAGGGCUGCGGUUCAGAUCUGGGGAAUGAAGAAUUAAUCAUUUGUUUUUCUUUUCAUGUCUAUCCAAGAUGGUAUUUAUUGUUUCUUUUUCCACCUAAAAUACUGUAAACUGUAAAAAAUGAGCCUUCCCACGCUGUACGUGUAAUUUAUUGGGUGCAGUAGUGCUGCUGUAUUUUAUUAGUAAUGAUGAGAUAUAACGUGGAGAUUUUGCAGUUGCCAGUGUCAGCAGCCAUUGGUACCGUGUAUCUACAGGCAUAUGUAAUAAUAAUACACACUUAUAAGGUGUCGUUGUGUGCAAUACAAUAAUAAGACAUUACGUGUGCUGUAAUUUGAUAAUGUGACUAACUGACGGCAUGACAGCACUAGAGUCAGUGCACCAAAGGGAUAUGUUAUACAGACUAACAAUUAUAUAUGAAUGAUUUUCAUUGUGCUAAAUCCCCUGCUCAUGUCCUUUACUGCAAAGCACGCCUAAUUCCAGUAUAUUAUCCUAAUUAUCCAUUGUUUACCAAAUAUCUACAGGCUCAUUCAGUUCUCAUGGGCAAAGUCAAUGUUGCAAGUCUAUUAGGGCCUAGUACUUUUCCAUUAGCACAGCCAAUAAAUGCAUUGGUAUACAGCUUGGUACACAGGAUUGGUAAGUGAAAGCAUGAGAUAGAUAGAUAGAUAGAUAGAUAGAUAGAUAGAUAGAUAGAUAGAUAGAUAGAUAGAUAGAUAGAUAGAUAGAUAGAUAGAUAGAUAGAUAGAUAGAUAGAUAGAUAGUUGAGGUGUUUUGUUUAUAUUUUAAACCUCAGCUUGUGGCAAAGAUGUUGGGCCACAGAGUGAUCAGUUUGCCCUCUUCCUCUCUGUGGCCAGAUGGAGCCUUGUCAAUCACUCACCUCUAAGAACUGGAGCGUCUGGCUAAUUAACAGCAUGCUGCACUCCGCCAGCUGAGCAAAAGCAACAUUCGCAUGGACUGUGCAACACAAUUGAGGCAUCUCGCCCACCAUGUCUCCCCUAGUCAUUAAGUCGCCCACCUCCCAUCUCCAGCAUAGAAAGAGUCCCAUUACUUGGCCUCUCUGAAUUACCAUCCCACGCCUGGCAUUUUCCUUGUCAGUCAACCGAGGGGUAAAUAUUGGUUGUGGUGCUGAGAACUGACAGGGGAAACUUGGAUUUCUUUCACAAGUGACGGCACCAACUGGUGUUUUUGUACUGAUUUAUACUGCAGUUAUGAAACAGAGGGGAUGCCAGACUGUGGUGAAGUUACAGAUGCACCAUACACGAGCGUUUUGUGUAAGGUGAGCUAGAGGCUGGCAUACGCGGCAUGAUAUCUUGUUGGCACUGGUCAAGUGCUAUGUGCAUCAAGAGGGAAAUAACAGCGUUCAGACUGCAGGAACCUUCCCUGCAAUGUAAUGGAAAAGUGUCUCAUUUAGAAAGUAAUAACAACUUUUACCUGGAGAGUCCACCGUGUAUAAUUGCAAGAAUGACCACACUUGGGUUAGUGUCAAAUGUGGAACCCAACUCGCCUUCUUUUUCUCUCUGCAGACUCUCAGUUUCUUUUAAUCUUGCUUUCCUCGUUUCUUUUUGUGUGGCGAUAACCUCUAGAAAUGCUCUCCCACCCCUCAGUGCUCCAGGUUUGCCCACUCUGCUGUUGUUGAAAUAAAUGGUGUGUGUGUGUGUGUGUGUGUGUAUGUAAGUGUGCAUACCCAAAUGUCAGUGUUCAAGUGUGCAUUGUGCUCCACGGUGAGCAUGAGUAAUUUAAGAGCCCUCGCGAGUAGUAUGCAGCAUGUCUGCAUCUGUGUGUGUGUAUACGUGCACUCUCUUAGCUCCACAGGGCAGGUUGUUUGGUUCGUUCAGAUUACACACCUGAAUUACAAGUGUGUCUUACAUUUUUCAUGAUCUUAUCAAUGUAAGCACACGAGACAGAAAGAAAAGAACAAAACAUUCGUCUUCCACCCUGACAGAUGUUCAGUGCUGUGAAGCGAUGAUUAUACUUCUUUUUGAUUUGUUUACUUGCUGAAGUUGUCUUUUUUCUUUUCCUUUUUUCUGCUUUUAUUUAUUUUUGUAUUUCUUUCCUUCUAUUUUUUUUUUUCAAAAUCCAUGAAGUGGAGUUAAAAAUGAUAUCAAGUGGAGGGAGAUUAAAAAAAAUAAAAAUCAUUUUUGUUUUUAACA